AUGCCCUCAAAAGCAAAGAAAAGUCGUCCGCAACCCAGCACUGCAAACCCACAACCGGUCAAGAACAUUGCAAACAGAGUCACAUCAGCCCAAGAACCUCCAAAAGCUGCAUCGCCGAAUUCAUCUCUCGUCAAUGGACACCCUGCUGACGCCGACUCCAAGACUGGCGACACUACCGAAUCAGCAGGUGAGCGUAACGCCCCAGCCAUCAAUCGGAAAAAGCAAAAGAGACGCGAGAAGGAGGCCGCAAAACGGGCCGCUCAGCAUGGCCUCACCAAUGGGCACUCUGCUCCGACUCCAGGUCCUACAAGUCAACCAGCCGGACGCGGACCACCCAAAGGCUACUUCACCGAAGAUCCAGAUUUACUGAACGACGCUCAGCAAGCCCAAGUAGAUGGAGACAGCCAUGAGGAGGAUUUCUACAGCGGUGAUGAGGACCUCGACUACGACAAUCACCUAGCUUCCCCACCCAAUAGCUCAUGGCUCAAUACUAGCAAACGCAAGAAGUCAAAGAAAAAGCGGGGAGCAACCGGCAACUCGAAUCUUGUCUCCCGUACAUCGACCACGCUUUCUAGACCGCAUCCAUCAUCUGUGUCGAACGCUGCACUACGAUCCGCUCACCGAAUGAGCAACGAUCUAUGGAAUCCAACUACUCAAACCGAGCGGGAUCAGAUCAAGGAGUAUUGGCUGCAGCUUGGUGAGGAUGAGCGUCGAAACCUGGUCAGAAUCGAGAAAGAGGCUGUUUUGAAAAAGAUGAAGGAGCAGCAGAAGCACUCGUGUAGCUGUUCAGUCUGCGGACGGAAACGAACGGCCAUCGAGGAGGAACUCGAAGUGCUCUAUGAUGCGUAUUAUGAGGAGCUCGAGCAAUUUGCAACUCCUGGCUCAGGUGCUCCAUUGCCACCUGCGAGAGCGACAGCCUAUCGGCGGCAUCCGCAGCAAAUACCAGGUGCAUUCUCAACCAGUCGAGUCCACGAAUUAGACGAUGAGGAUGACUACGACGACGAAGAGGAGGAGUACGAUUACUCAGAAGAGGAUGACGAAGACCUCGACUACGACCUUCCCCCAGGACCCGCAGAUUUCUUCCAUUUCGGCAACUCACUUCAGGUCAAAGAUGGCAUCCUCACGGUUGCUGACGACCUCCUCAAGAAUGAAGGCCGGAACUUCAUCGAUAUGAUGGAGCAGCUGGCCGAGAGGCGCAUGCAACGUGAGGAAGAAAUUCAUUUCCCUUCCUCUGCUUUGGCUCAUCAAGAUAUUCAUCAAGGUCACGAUCACGCCCCAUUAGACGAUGAGGACGAUUAUGACGAUGAAGAAGAAGAUGAUGAGGACUAUGACAGUCAGGAAGAGGAUGAUUUCGAAGGCGAUGAAAUGGAUUCCAUGACCGAGGAACAGCGUAUGGAGGAAGGACGACGCAUGUUCCAGAUCUUUGCUGCUCGAAUGUUCGAACAACGAGUACUCACGGCGUGGAGAGAGAAAGUCGCCGCGGAGCGAACACAAGCUCUAAUUGAGGAACUCAACGAGGAUCAGCAAGCCCAGGCUCAGAAGGAAGCCAAGAAAGCUCGAGAUGCUGCCAAGAAGAAGGAGAAGAAGAAAGCUCUGAAGGCUGCUCGUGAUGAGGAGAAGGCGCGUAAGGAAGCCGAGAAGGCCGCUCAAGAGGCGGCUACAAAGGAGGCAGAAGAGAAGCGUCUGGAAGAGCAGCGGCAGCGCAAAGAGGAGCAACGUCGGAAGCGAGAGGCGGAACGUAAAGCCUUGGAAGAGGAUCGAUUCAAGAAAGAAGCCGACAAGGCACGUCGACAACAGGAGCAGAAGGAACGCCAAGCCGAAGCCGAGCGGAGACAGCGCGAAGCCAAGGAGAGGGAACGACUGAAGAGAGAAGAGGCCAAGAAGAAAGAGAGAGAAGAGCGCGAAGCUCGUGAGAGAGAGGCUCGUGAGAGAAAGGCCAGAGAUUCCCAGGACCGCAAAGCACGGGAAGAGCAAAUCCGCAGAGAGCGAGAGGGUGCAGCAAAGGAUGCCAACCUCCGAACUGGACCACCCACAAGCACGAAACCUCAACCGAUCGCACUACCUCCUGGAUUGACACCUCCGAGUCGUCCUGGGCCUCAGGUGCACUCACCAAACAUACAGCCGGCUACUCCGAUUGUUCCUCCAAAAGUGCCUACGCCUGCCCGCAACCGACAGAGCUCACAGCCAAGCAGUCAGCCCGUCCAGUCUCACGGCUCCUCACCAAGAUCGCAGCAGGCCAGCACCGAGCUGUCAGUCUCGCCUGCGAGCGCGGUGCCUCAUACACCAGCUUCAGGCCAUCCAACUCGGACCCAGGGUCAGCCACCGGUACUGCAUCAUCCGCAACCCUCAGCGCCAAGAUCGCCGUUGAACAAUCACAAUCGCAAUCAGUACGCCUUCAACAUGAACGGCCUACCUGGACUUGGAGUCAGUGGACAGGCCAGUGGGCCCGGUAUGAUGCCAGGGAUGAUGCCGCAAAUGCCCGUGUAUGGCGGGCCGCCAGGAGCGCCGCCGAUGGGAAGGGACCCGCGGUUCUUGCCGAAUGGAAUGCCAUACCCACAGGCGUUCAACGGCCCAAGACACUUCCAGCCGCCACAACCUAUGCCUUUCCACUCUCAGGCUCCUGUCAAUGCACCGAUGGCAGCACCGCAGCAGCCCACUGCGUCCAAGCCGUCGCACUCUCGACAAGCAUCUGGGUCGAACGUCACGGACACCUCAUCUCAGCCUGCUCCAAUUGGCCGCCCAGGCCCAAUCGCUCGGCCGUCUAGUACCACGCCCGAUAAGCAGAUCAAGCGGUCUGCGGAUCAAGAUGUGGAGCAGAUCACGACUCAACUCGGCAGUAAAGCGCUGCUGGACGACUCAGACGAUCCCAUUCCCGCACCCCCCGAGGCAAGAGCAAGUCUACCAUCUCUCGGCGCGCCUGGCACGGGGCGCAUGCCAUUCGCAUCGCCCUUCGCAGAGCCGAAGGUGGAGCCAUUCAAUCACGGGUGGGGAGGGUUUGGGUCUACUCACGGCUGGGGGCCUCCCCCAGGUCCAGUCCGACCGGGUUGGGGUCAACAGGCCUUCGGGGCACCAAUGAUGUCUGGACCUCCAAGCAUCUCGCGAUCUCAUCUGCCACGCCCGAUUUCGGUUCGCCUAAUGCUCGUCGAUGCUUGUCGGCAACUUGGCGCUGCAGGUGAGGUGAUGCAUCCGGUUCAGAGCGUGUUGCGACAACUCGAGAUGCUCAAGGCGCCAGGUGAGCCACCAGUGUCGAUGGACGAAAUGCUUGGCAUAUGCGACACCGAAGGGAAUGCGCAGAACGGCGGAGGAUCGUUUGAGGUCAUGAUGGACAAGAGCCGGGGUCAGGUCAUCCGAUUCACCGAGGACAACGCACAGCCGCGCAGCAGUGUUGGCGAUAUUGGCAGCCCUUUGCCGAGUCACUCGCAGACGGCGGGCUUUCCCGUUGGGCAAUCGUUUGGUCCUCCGGGACGAGGCUUCUAG